ACCUUCAGUUUUCUGUGGUUAUGUUUAUUUCAAAAAUUCCAUGGUAGAACCUGUUUCCAAGAGAAGAUGGGUGUUGCUAUGCCUGCCAUGAAUAAUAUUCUGUCGAAAUCGCUUCCUGUAGCCGGAGGAAGCAGAUCACUAGCUCUAGUAUACAGUGGGAUGUAUCUUGGCUCAGUUACUGGUUUGGCCUUUUCACCUUUGUUAAGAAAUAAGUUUGGAUGGCCAUCAGUCUUUUUCUCCUUUGGUUCUCUGGGAACAGUCUGGUUUGCUGUAUGGCUGAACAAGGCACAUGGUACACCUUUGGAAGAUCCUGAACUGAGGCCCCAAGAGAAGAAGCUUAUUGUUACAAAAUGUGUUUCUAAGGAACCUGUCAAAACAAUUCCCUGGAGUUUGAUCCUGUCAAAACCACCUGUCUGGGCACUGAUUGUUUCUCACUUCUGUCACAAUUGGGGGACAUGUAUUCUUCUAACUUGGAUGCCAACAUACUAUCAUCAACUGGAAGUGGUUUUGGGAUUAUAUAGUGAUUCUUUGCGCAAUGUUCGAAAAAGAGAAAUUGUUGUUUCUGAUUGUGGUAUUAAGAGAGGUGCAUUUUUUUUUCCUUUUCCUAAUAACACCACAGGUCCUGUAGUUCAAUCUAACGGAAUCUGGACUUUUUUCUGUUUUCCCUGGCUUGCAAUGGCUUUUUCUGCAAAUGUGGGAGGGUGGAUUGCAGAUACACUUGUGAGCAGAGGUUUAUCUGUGACUACUUUCCGCAAGAUCAUGCAAACAAUUGGAUUUCUGGGCCCUGCUUUCUUCCUCACUCGGCUGAGCCAUGUUGAUUCUCCAGCAAUGGCUGUUUUUUUAUGGCAUGCAGUCAGGGAACUGAUGCAUUCGCUCAGUCUGGUCUAUAUUCAAACCAUCAAGAUAUUGCCCCUCGAUAUUCUUACUGCUUGGGUUAUCCAACAUGGCAGGAGUGUUAGCAGGGGUCUUGGGAACAGCAGCAACUGGUUACAUCUUACAGCAUGGUUCUUGGGAUGAUGUUUUCAAAGUUUCAGUUGGGCUCUACUUGGUUGGAACAGUCAUCUGGAACCCCUUCUCUACUGGUGAGAAAAUACUGGAUUGACUCUCAGCUAAGCUAAAAUUUUGCGUGUGGCAUCUCAAGCCUCUGUGUUUGAGCUUAUUAUGGAAGAGUUUCAACUGAUUGAAUGCAAAAGUGAAAAAGGAGUUCAGAAUGAAUUCUGAUGAAAAGUGAGAAAUAGGAAUUUUGAGCUUGAAUUAUGAGCUAAACUUUUUGAAUGCUGAGUGAGGGCAUAGGAUCUUGCAGAAUCUUUGAAUUCUGAAAUUGCCACUUUCUUCGCCACUACGGGAAGAUGCAAGGCUUCUCAUUUUAGGAAGAAAUUGUCUGUAUGAUCAUGCAAACAAUUGGAUUUCUGGGCCCUGCUUUCUUCCUCACUCGGCUAAGCCAUGUUGAUUCUCCAGCAAUGGCUGUUUUUUGUAUGGCAUGCAGUCAGGGAACUGACGCAUUCUCACAGUCUGGUCUAUAUUCAAACCAUCAAGAUAUUGCCCCUUGAUAUUCUGUUCUUGGGAUGAUGUUUUCAAAGUUUCAGUUGGGCUCUACUUGGUUGGAACAGUCAUCUGGAACCUCUUCUCAACUGGUGAGAAAAUACUGGAUUGAUUCACAGCUAAGCUAAAAUUUUGCAUGUGGCAUCUCAAGCCACUGUGUUUGAGCUUAUUAUGGAAGAGUUUCAACUGAUUGAAUGCAAAGGUGAAAAAGGAGUUCAGAAUGAAUUCUGAUGAAAAGUGAGAAACAGGAAUUUUGAGCUUGAAUUAUGAGCUAAACUUUUUGAAUGCUGAGUGAGGGCAUAGGAUCUUGCAGAAUCUUUGAAUUCUGAAAUUGCCACUUUCUUCACCGCCACUACGGGAAGAUGCAAGGCUUCUCAUUGGAGGAAGAAAUUGUUUGUAUGGUA